UUGAAAGGGAAAUUAGUAUCGGAUUCACAAAGCGUUUCAGUGGGAACCUUCAAACCUACAAUGUUGGACACGGCGUCGUGAGUAAUAAAGUAAUGUCCUGCAAAAGUGAAAGGACAGCAUUGUCCAUUAACUAAACGAAUGCUCGGUAAAUGCUUCCUGCGGCUACUAUUAGCCCCUCGUUUAACUUGACAGAAGGUCGUUUUGCCACAAGGUGAGAGCUGGCUAAAUGAUAAUGGCACAUGUUGGGGCAGUAGUCGCAGCAAUGGCUGGUGUGAUGGCCAUUCUGCUUCAUUCUUCCAUACACAAGAUUGAGGAAGGACAUUUAGCUGUGUAUUACAGAGGAGGAGCUUUGUUGACAACUCCUAAUGGCCCGGGUUACCAUAUAAUGCUGCCUUUCAUCACUUCAUAUAGAUCAGUGCAGACAACUCUGCAAACAGAUGAAAUAAAAAAUGUGCCUUGUGGAACCAGUGGAGGUGUCAUGAUCUAUUUUGACAGAAUUGAAGUGGUCAAUAUGCUGGUUCCAUCAGCAGUGGUGGACAUAGUGAAGAACUACACUGCAGAUUAUGACAAGACGCUAAUCUUCAACAAAAUUCACCAUGAGUUAAACCAGUUCUGCAGUGUGCACACACUACAGGAAGUCUACAUAGAAUUGUUCGACAUAAUUGAUGAGAACUUAAAGACUGCACUGCAGAAGGACUUGAAUGCUAUGGCUCCUGGUCUCACCAUUCAGGCUGUGCGAGUCACCAAACCUAAAAUCCCUGAGGCAAUCAGAAGAAACUAUGAGCUAAUGGAAGCGGAGAAGACCAGGCUGCUCAUCACCGCUCAGACACAGAAAGUGGUGGAGAAAGAGGCUGAAACUGAGAGAAAGAAGGCCAUCAUAGAGGCUCAGAAAGUGGCUCAGGUGGCAGAGAUUCACUUCCAACAAAAAGUUAUGGAGAAGGAAACUGAGAAAAAGAUCUCUGAAAUUGAAGACGCUGCUUUCCUGGCAAGAGAGAAAGCAAGAGCAGAUGCCGAAUAUUACACUGCUGCGAAAUUUGCAGAAGCCAACAGGCUGAAGCUGACACCAGAGUAUCUGGAACUAAUGAAAUAUCAGGCCAUAGCCGCGAACAGCAAGAUCUACUUCGGUCAAGACAUCCCAAACAUGUUUGUGGAAAACAGUGCCUCCCGUUCGACCGCAGGUCAGGGUGCAGGAGACUCAGCGGAACAGCUGGAGCCCUUGAGUAUGAAAGAAAGUCUUAAGAAAGUGUCCAAGCCCAAAGCCACAGAAGGCCACUGAGGGGCCUGAGAGCUGUCCACCCCCUUCUUCCUCUGCUGUUUUUUCUCUCUUUGUGGGGCAUGGGUGCUUGUGAGGCAUGCUGACAUAGAUACUUUUCCCUCUUCUUCUGCAGUGGGGUUGGGUGCUUGGCUAACACUGCUGUGAGUCAGUCAGCUGAGGAGACUGACACACAGAGCCUGUGGUUUCAGCAAUCACUUGUGGACUAAAAAGAAAUGUCCAGGAGCUGUGCUACUAAAUUUUGCCAGGUCAAAUUGGUUCGAUCCAAAUCACAUCAGCAUGCUUUUUUCCCCUUUUUUUGCCCUCAACUUUUGCUUCUCUUUUACAAAUUCAUGUUAAUUAUUUGUUAGAUGCAGAUGCAUCUAUGUGAAUUAUGUGAACACUUUGAGGUUUACCUAUAUGUGUUGUCUUUUACAUAACUGGAAUUAUAAGGCAUCACACUAAUUGAGAUCAAAGGCAAUGGCCUAUGCAGCUACAAUCUGAUAAAACUCAUUUUGUAGCCAAAAUGUCAUCUACUUUUCCUUCAUAUGUUGUUAAAGGGAUACUUCACCCUAAAAUCUAAAUUCUGUCAUAUUUAUUCACCCUCAUGUCAUUCCAAACCUGUCCGGCUAUCUUUCUUCUGUGGAAUAUUAAAAAAAAAUAAAAAAAAAAAAAAAAGAUAUUUCUAUGAUAUGUCUGUUUUUUUUUCUUUUGUCCAUACAAUAAGUCAAUGGGAUCCAAUGUUAUACCUCACUUGAACCCCAUAUAUGGACAAACCCAAUAUCUUUUGUGUUCUACCAAAGAAAAGUCAUGCAGGUUUGGAACGACAUGAGGGUGAGUUGUAACAGAUGACAGAAUUUUCAUUUUUAGGUAAACCAUGCAUGUAGAAAGGUUUUCAUUUCCAUCAUCACUAACUUCAUUAUCACUAAAAUCUUAAUUUAGUCCAGCUGCAGAGAUCAGUUGCUUUUACAUGUGUUUGAAUCAGUUUGUUUUAAAAUCAUCCCUGCUUGUUGCUCGUUGAUCUUUAGGAUUGAGAAUUUUUCUAGGACACCUGAAUACUUUGGUGUUAAUUUACUUUAAUGUAAUAGUGGGCUCGGUAUAGUGUUGUGUGAUGUGUUAGUUGUUGGUGCCCUGUGCGCUGUUUUUGAAUUGUUGGUUCUCAGAAGGUGUCACAAUGAACAUGGGUAUGUGGCUUUCAUAAAGUUUCAUAAGACGUUAAAGUUUGGAUCCGGGGCUCCAGCCUUUGAAAAGCAAUGAGAUGGACAGCUGUUGGAUUCUAUAUAAUUGAGUCUGUUCCUUUAUGACUGAAAAUGCCUUUAUUACUUUAGUUAAGCUUGCUUGUUUUGCCAUUACUGGAAGGAGUUUAUUUCAAAGGGAAUUCAGUUACAAUAAGGGCUGCUGUAUUAUUAGGCACUAUUUUUUUUUUUUUUUUUAGCAUUGAUGGGUGAAUGCAUUAAUGAUCAAACAACAUUUUACUGCAUGCUUAGGAGCCAGAUGAUGUUUUCCUGAAGCCUCAAAAACCUCACCACUAGGGGGAGUUGGUGAUCUUUAAGAAUCAAAAGACUGGGCAACAAAGACCUUCGUGACUCCUAAGUUGCUUUCACAUGCCAAUAAUAACAAUCCAUUAAAUCAAACCAUCCAAACAAGGCUUUGAAUAGUGUCUACUAGUACUAUUUCUCAGGAAAAGAGACCUGCUUGUUAACUUGAAUUACUUUUUUUUUCAUACCUUACAUUAAACAUAAAAUGUAAAGUCAGAUGUAAGGUCAUGUUGUCUGUGUAAAUCUGUCACACAGCACAUAGUUUUACAUCAUCUACAUACUUUUCCAUUCGAGACAAGCAUUAAUUUAUAUAGUUAGUCUCAAUGUUCCUACUUCAACCAGUGGCUUCUCCCAUAAAAUUGACAUUUAUUGUUUUCCUUUAGGGUGUAAGUUUUAUUGUCUCGAAAGCUUUGAAGCAAUUCUCAAAGAUUUUUCUGUUCAUAUGAUCCCUGUGAUUCUUAUGGCUGAUUAAAUGAGAGAGGACAGAACUUGACUGCCCUGGAAUAAACCCACUCUGUGAAUGUCACUUUUUUAUGUCGGCAUAAUUUAAACUCCUAAUUUUAAAACAUUUAUAUGCAAAAUUUAUAACAUUUUGACAAUGUUCAAUUCUGUGAAAUAAAACCUAUUUUGAUACCAUGAA